GUUGAAGGCGUGAUGACUUUGAUCCAGAAGAAGUGGCAUAGUGGCAUCUGUAAUGGAGAGGCAAGUGAUGAUGAAGAUACCAAUGAAUUUAUUGGCAAAGAUGGAGACACCAACACCGGUGUCGCCACUACUACUACAUUCCAAUCUGUAACCACUUUUAUUGCUGCCUCUUUGAUCUUGAUUCAUGACCCAACGUGGAAGACAGUAUCCUCCACAAUGAUUAUGGAGUAG